AUGUUCGAGCCCAUAACUGCGACUUACCCAUCCCCGGAACAAGCGGCCGGCGACAUUGAACAAGCAACACUCCAAAAUGGUUCCAGUGAGUCAUUCAAAUCCUCAGUGCAAGCGCCUGAGGACACGCGCAUAGCUCUUCAAGAGGACGUCCCGCCGAAUGGAGGCUAUGCUUGGGUCUGCACUGCCAGUGUUUUCCUCAUCAAUGCUCACACUUGGGGCAUCAACGGCGCAUGGGGGGUCAUCCUCAACUACUUCCUCCAGAAGGGCACCUUCCCGGGCGCCGGCCACCUGGAAUAUGCCCUCAUUGGUGGUCUUUCCAUCUCGCAAGCCCUCAUGGUCUCUCCCAUCGCCGUCACAAGCCGCGAACGGCUCGGGACGCCAACGACUCUACUAAUCGGCACCGCCGUAGUCUUUCUCGCCCUCUUCUCGUCGGCCUACGCAACCGCAAUCUGGCACCUCUUCCUCAGCCAGGGUGUGGCGUAUGGCUGGGGGAUGGGCUUCCUGUACAUCACAGCCACGGCCGUUCUGCCACCAUGGUUCUCGACACGACGCAGCCUCGCGGUCGGGAUAGCCUCGUCCGGCGCAGGGCUGGGCGGGCUGGCAUACAGCCUGGGCACCGGCCAGGCCAUCCCGAAGCUCGGCGUGGCCUGGACCUACCGCGUGCUCGCCAUCUGCAGCGUCGUAGUCAACACGGUCUCGUCGCUGCUGCUCAAGGACCGUGUGCCGAAGGAGGUGCUCCAGCAGCAACAUCUCGCACAGCCGGCCGGGCGCAAGUCGAAGCCGACCAUGAUGCCGCGCAACUUCGACCUGCGCGACUUCGGGCGCACCGAGGUGCUGCUGAUCGUCUUCUGGGGGGUGGUGACGGAGCUGGGCUACAUCACCCUCUACUACUCGCUGCCCAACUUCGCCACGACCAUCGGCCUGUCGGACUCGCAGGGCGCCGUGGCCAACGCGCUGCUCAACCUGGGGCUCGGCGUCGGCAGGCCCGUCGUCGGCUACUACAGCGACCGCCUCGGCCGCAUCAACAUGGCCAUGCUGAUGACGGCCCUGUGCGCCGUCUUGUGCUUUGCCCUGUGGAUCCCCGCCCACAGCUACACCCUGCUGCUCGUCUUCGCCGUCCUGGCCGGCACCGUCUGCGGCACCUUCUGGUCCACCAUCAGCCCUGUGCUCGCUGAGGUCGUCGGCAUCACCGAGAUGGCCGGCGUGUUUGGCAUCGUGUGUUUUGCGCUGGUGCUGCCGACGACGUUUGCCGAGCCCAUUGCUAUGCAGCUGGUCAACGGCAUCGGCUUGGGCGAGGGCACGAAGAAGUAUCUCGUUGCUCAGGUGUUUGUGGGCGCCAUGUUUAUUCUGGGAGCGGGCAGCUUGUGGAUGUUGAGGUCGUGGAAGAUUUUCGAGAUUGAGAAGAAGGCCGCCGUGGAGAGGUCCGAGGGUGUGCCGAAUUCGGAUGAGAAGUCUACUUUGUCGAAGAGGAUGGAGAAUUUCUGGCUCAGCCCGAGGAGGCUCCUUUUGCCAAAGCGGGUGUAG